CGAUGAAUGUGAGCUAAUUCACGUUUUUAGUGUAGCAGCGAAACAGCCAGUGAGGUCCAGGUCCAAGUCCAAGUCCAACCAUGGGAAAUGAAGAAUAUGCUUUGCUUGAAACUUGAAAGCUAGUCACCUCCUUCCUCGCAACCCCUACUAACUCAAAUUCACCCCCGCCGGGAAAUUCCCGACGCCGACCACCCAAAUCCCAAAGGGCAAAGCCCCCCCCCCCCCCCCCCCCCAUCUUUAUUUUUCUUUCUCCGAGAAAUAUAAUGGUUGUUGCAUUACGUUUUUUACAGAAAAGCAGUGAUUCUUUGAAAUCAUGUAUUGGCUGAUUGUUGAUUUGUUAUAGUUAUUAACACUUUCAGCAGUAAUGCGUACGUCUCGCCUUCUCUCUCGCCUUCGCCACGACCACUAUCACUACUCUCCAUUCAGCUGCUUCAUUCCUCAAAUUCACAUCUCCUACCCUUCAACCGACCCGGAGAACCCCAAUUUACAGGAAAAUAAAUUCAUUAAUCAUCCAAGAUUACUUCUCUACGAUAUUUCUAUUCCUCCUCGGUUCGCUCAACGCCUGGGUUUCGCAUCAUUUAGGAAUUUCUUAGCGGCGAAUUCUUCGCCCCGAGCUGUUCGUCUGUCAAACUUGAUUUUACCUAGUUCUAGUUACCACCAACAGCUCCAUUUCGCACGAGGUCUUCUUACAAGAGCUAAAAAGAUUAACAAGAUUGAAGUGGAUGAUCAUGGCCAGCGAGCAGUCACAACAGCAUUAUGGUGCAACUUUCUUGUUUUUUCUCUCAAAUUUGGGGUGUGGUUAUCAACCUCAAGUCAUGUAAUGUUGGCUGAAGUUGUGCAUUCAGUUGCAGAUUUUGCGAACCAGGCUCUUCUUGCGUAUGGUUUAAGCAGUUCACGACGUGCCCCAGAUGCCCUCCACCCGUAUGGUUAUUCCAAGGAAAGAUUUGUCUGGUCUUUGAUUUCAGCUGUUGGUAUCUUUUGUCUUGGUUCUGGUGCUACCAUUGUCCAUGGUGUUCAAAAUUUGUGGACUUGUCAGCCUCCUGAACAUAUAGAGUAUGCUGCUCUAGUGAUUGGUGGCUCGUUCGUUAUUGAAGGUGCCUCCCUUUUUGUUGCUGUCAAUGCUGUUAGAAAAGGUGCUGCCGCAGAAGGGAUGAAAGUGAGAGACUAUGUCUGGCGUGGUCAUGACCCAACAGCUGUUGCUGUCAUGACAGAGGACGGUGCUGCUGUUACUGGCCUUGCCAUUGCUGCUGCAUCAUUGGUGGCUGUGAAGACCACCGGAAAUGCAAUUUAUGAUCCUAUUGGUUCAAUUAUUGUUGGAAACCUUUUGGGAAUGGUUGCAAUAUUUCUGAUUCAGAGGAACCGACAUGCUUUGAUUGGUAGAGCAAUUGAUGAUAAUGAUAUGGAAAGAGUUCUCCACUUUCUGAAAAAUGACCCAGUUGUGGAUGCUGUAUAUGAUUGCAAAAGUGAGGUGAUUGGACCAGGAUUUUUCAGAUUCAAGGCUGAAAUAGACUUCAAUGGUGUGGUGCUGGUGCAGAACUAUCUAAGCAGAACUGGACGUGAAGAGUGGGCUAAACAGUUUCGGGAGGCAGCCAAGGAGAAGGAUAAUUCUGCAUUGCUCAAGGUCAUGGCAAACUAUGGUGAGGAGGUGGUCACAGCUCUUGGGAGUGAAGUUGAUCGACUAGAAAAGGAGAUACAGGAAAUAAUUCCCGGUAUUAGGCAUGUGGAUAUUGAAGCACACAAUCCUAUAGUUCCAUCACCAUAAUUCCUUCUUACCUUGUAUUGUUCCCCGAACUGAAAAAACAAACACUAAAUUUGUUACUUGUGUGACUCAAUCAACAGGGAGUGAUAUGUUUGACUUUUAGGCCAUGAGAGGGAAGCCAAUGUUAUUGCAAUCCGCAUGAUGUGAAUAGUGAGAUCUUUCUUGUUAAUCGUAGGGCGUCAUGAUAAAGGUUACUGGAACUUGGUUUCCCCAUGUUAA